CCUUUUGCUAAAUUGGGUUGGUUGGUGCUUGGCCCUUUCGGUGGUGACGCCACUGCAUCCUGUCUUUCUGAUACUCUUACAUCUGGAGAUCUUCAGAUUUCUCUUUUAAGUUCUUCCACCUAGACACGUAAGCCUGCAUCUCCCUCUUUUUUUUUCUCUCUUCCCUCCACUCGGCAACAUGAAUACGGAUCCAGCUCAGCCCCAAUGCCCGCCUUGCCCCGAAGCGCCCGAUUCUAGGGACUCUUCUCCAGUGCCUGAGAUUGAUGGGCCUGAAGAAAAUUAUGCACCCUUGCAAAUGUCAUCUGCUGAGACCCCCCACACGGAGACCGUCUCUCCUCUUCCUUCCUGCAUGGAUCUACUUGUUCAGGACAGCCCCGAUUCUUCUACCAGCCCCAGAGUAAAAGUGCUGCCCACUUCUGCAGAGGAGAUCACCGCGAAGAAGGACGAUCCAGCUCAGGGCAAGAAACAGAAGAUCAGAACCGUCUUCUCUCAGACCCAGCUAUAUGUACUCAAUGAUAGAUUUCAGAGACAGAAAUACCUCAGUCUCCAGCAGAUGCAAGAACUUUCCAACAUUCUGAACCUUAGCUAUAAGCAGGUUAAGACCUGGUUCCAGAACCAGAGAAUGAAAUGUAAGAGGUGGCAAAAAAACAACUGGCCAAAGAAUAACAACACUGUGUCUCAGAACAGCUCUGCAAAUCCAGAAUACCCAGGCUUCUAUUCCUAUCACCAGGGAUACCUGAUGAACACUUCCGGAAACCUUCCAAUUUGGGGCAACCAGACCUGGAACAGCCAGUCGUGGAGCAACCAGACCUGGAACAGCCAGUCGUGGAGCAACCAGACCUGGAACAGCCAGUCAUGGAGCAACCAGACCUGGAACAGUCAGACCUGGUGCCCCCAAGCCUGGAAUGGCCAGGCCUGGAACAGUCAGCUGCACAACUGUGGAGAGGAAUCCCCGCAGCCCCAGAUACAGUUACAGCAAAAUUCUGUCAGCGAUUUGCAGUCCAUCUUAGAAACGACUGGGGAAAGCCACAGUGUGAUACAGCAAACGGCUAAGUAUUUUAGUGCCCAGCAAAUAAUGGAUUUAUUCCCAAACUACCCUGAACCUACAGCCUGAAGU